AGGUCCACGCCUUUAAACCAAACACACCAGACGUUUUGAAUAGAACGCAUUGAUUGUGUAUGGGAUGCACUGGUGCCUGGUAACCUUGUGCUAUUACAUGAAUGCAAUGGACCAGCCGCUGUGCUCCUAGGGACUAUUUCUAGAUAUUAUUACGCUCAUGUUAGGGUCUUUGGGAUUUAACGUGCACUAAUGAUGCACUACUCAAACUGGCUUAUUGGCGUGAAAAACAGGGCAAGCCUUCGAAAUGCGUGCAAAACACCACCUAACACCGACUGGAACAAUAGGGGAAAUGUUGUGGACAUGCAGAACAAUAAUCCGCAGCCUAAUGAAAAGAUAUCCGAGCGAAUGGUCACCACCCACCUCUGGAAAAAAGGCUACAAAGUAAUCAAGAAAAUCGGGGAAGGCACAUUUUCAGAGGUGGUGAAAACUCAGAGCCUGAAAGAUGGGAAGUACUACGCGUGCAAAACCAUGAAGCAGACAAUUAACAGUCUGGAGCAGGCCAACAACCUGCGGGAAGUCCAGGCAAUGAAGAGACUGAGCCCACAUGCAAAUAUCAUCCAGCUACAUGAACUGAUUUUUGACAAAGAAACUGGAACUGUGUCUUUGAUUUGUGAGCUGAUGGAGAUGAACAUCUUUGAGUUCAUACAAGGAAGAGAAACGCCGCUGCCUGACCAUACAGUAAAGAACUACAUGUACCAGCUUUGCAAGUCACUUGAACAUAUGCACAGCUGCGGGAUCUUUCACAGAGAUGUGAAGCCAGAAAACAUUCUCAUCAAACAAAAUGGUUUGAAGCUUGGCGACUUUGGCUCAUGUCGGAGUGUGUACUCCAAGCCCCCGCACACAGAGUACAUCUCCACACGCUGGUACAGAGCCCCAGAGUGCCUCCUCACUGAUGGGUACUACAGCUUAAAGAUGGACAUGUGGAGUGCUGGUUGUGUCUUCUUUGAGAUCAUGAGUUUGAAUCCUCUCUUCCCUGGAACCAAUGAGUUGGACCAAGUUGCCAAGAUCCACGAUGUGUUGGGGACACCAGAUGAAAGUAUCCUCUACAAGUUCAAGCAGCGUGGCAGAUCUAGGGCGAUGCAUUUCAACUUCCCCCCUAAAAAAGGCUCUGGUAUCUCACGAUUAGUGCCUAACUGCCCGGCUCCAGCGCUAUCACUGCUCUAUCAGAUGCUCGCCUAUGACCCUGAUGAACGCAUCUCUGCAGAGACAGCCCUGCGCCACACAUACUUUAGGGAAAUCAGGCUGGCAGAGAAGAAAAGCGAGACUCUUCACAGACUUUCUGGGACUACGGAUGGAGUAGAGAGCAGUGGGACGCACAACUCCUUAGACCACAUUUGGCGCCCAACCAGACUUGGCAAACAGCUGAGGGGAAGACACACGAGGCAAACACCUUUAAUGAGCCACAACACAAAACACGUAGCAGAGCCACUCAUUAGACGGAACGUCCUACAUUAUCCUGCAGAGCUGCCCAAGCUCAACAUGGUUGUACCAGGACCACAGACCUCCUUCCCAGUCUCCACUAUGCCUGCAUUUACUGUCACUCACCGAGGCACACUGCCAGCCAUCACAUCGAAAAAGUGCCAGUCACGGGUGGCCAAGCCCCGGGAUGAGUCACACCGCGCAGCUUUCAAGACCUGCUACAUGCCACCUCUGGACAGGAAGCAUGGAGGCUACUGAGAGCCCAAAACACUUACUAACAAUCAUUUUAAUUAAAAAUGACCUCUUAAAACAGGAUAGACCUGUUAAACAGGUUGUUGAGAAGACAAUGUUUGGACAGGCCUGAUGCUGAAAUCUGUAAACCAACACCAACUUGUUUGGGGAAAAGAAAAAUGCAAUGAGGACCGCCGAGCCUGUCAUCUAACCAGUUACGACAGCUACAUCAAACGGUUUAACCCUAAGUGUAUUGAUGUAAUUCAUUAUGAUCUCUACACAAACAAUAUUAGUCUGUCAUAUUAAUGUUGGAUUGAGAGUGUGUAGUUUAGUUAUGAUCUCUCUUCUACUUGACCUAGUCAGGUGUUACAUGUUUACAACUGUUUAUUUCUGAACCUAUUUCACAAGCUAAGCAAUAAGGUAUUUGACAUAUGAACAGCUGUAUACUGGAAGCGUAUUAAAUGGCAUAGCUUCUUUGAUGAGGAACAUGACAAGUGCCUUUAAAAAGUAGUCACAACCCUUGGACUUUUUCUAGUUGCAGUAUUUUACAACUUUGAUUACAAAUGAUUAAGUAAACCUUUUCACACUGCAACAGAAUAAUGUCUCUACAAACUGAUCUGAAGUCAGUGCAUGUAUAACACAAAACAUCCUUUGCGGUGACACCUAAAAUAACACCAAUAUUUUUUUAGACAUUUAAAUAAUAAGUUGAAUGUGAUCUGCUGUAUGUAAUUGUGGUAUGACAAGUUGGGUAAAUCUGGAAGAUCCAACAGCUGGUAAAACUGUAUCAUGAAGACAAAGGAACAUUUUAAACAAAUCUCCAGUAAGGAGGCAGAAAAGUGUCAUUCAGGGAUAGAUACAUAAAAAUUUGAAAAAGCGGAAAUCUUGUCUAAAAUUUGUGGUAGUCUUGCAAAGACAGAUACACCAAAGUCAGAAAAUGAGGCACAUAAUGGCUUUAACUGAACUGCUGUGAUUUAAAGUUGUAAAGCAAUAAACAUGGAAAAGUCCAAGGGUGGGGUUAUUGCUUUUUAUUAGGCACUAGAUACUUGUGAUUGUCCCUUUUCAGUAGUUGUGAAUGAACUCCUCGGAACAAAUUGAUCCAUACGGCAAUAAUCUCCCUGUACAAACAUGAACAGCAAGAACAUUCGCAUUGAGUGCUUCGCAAUUGUUUUAAGGCACAACAGAGUCUUUGGAGAAUCAUUUUAAAAUGCACAUUCCAUAAUCUAACUGUAAUGUAAAUAAACAGCCAGGUUGCGGGCAGCAAAACCCAGGAUUAGAUCAGUUAAUAACAAAAAAUGACUUUCAUAUUAGAUCAGUUAUUUAUGUGUAAACAUCUGUGUUUGCAGAUCGGGCCUGAAGAAAUUCCUCAAAUUUUUUUUAAUCCUUUGUUAAAAUGUAACUUGGCCUAUACCUUCAUACUUACCUACUUGAAGCAUUGUGGCUUAAAAAAAGUACCAUUUCAUUCAGAGCCGUGAGCUCAUUAAUAUGGACGGCGACUCAGUCUGCACUUUAUUGCGUUGGUUAUUGUGACACAAAAGUAAAAAUAAAGUGUAUCAUUUGUA